AUGGCGAAGAGAAUUGAGAUCAGUAGCGCGAGGCUUAAAGAAAGCCCCUCACAGAAAUUCGGUAUGCCAGGCUUGCAGGGAACUCCCGGAGCCCCUGGAAAUCCAGGCCCGACCGGAAAAGACGGCGAGAGGGGACCGGAAGGCGAGCGCGGAGAGCAGGGAGCGCCGGGAGCAGUAGGCCUGAUGGGCCCAGUUGGACCGACCGGCCCCAGGGGUAUUUCUGGGCCCUCUGGAUCUGACGGCCGCCCUGGACCUCCUGGACCCCCGGGACCCGGUGGCGAGAACGGCAAGGACGGUGAACAGGGAAUGCAGGGACCCCCGGGUUUGCCCGGAGUUUCCGGUAUGCCGGGACCCAAGGGAGAUUCUGGUCCCUCGGGCAGGACAGGGGAGUCCGGACCACCAGGACCUCAGGGACCACGCGGGGAGCGCGGCUCGCAGGGAGAACCCGGAGAAAUCGGACCCCCGGGGACCCACAGGCCCCGUGGGACCCCCCCGGAUCGCCAGGUGAGUCCCGGAAGAGCCGGAGAACCCGGCGCAGCUGGACCCUCUGGAGAGCCCGGCACCCUGGAGAAAGAGUGA